CAUCAUCAUUCACCAUAGACCCUUGUCGUCACCCCAACGCGUAUCUUCAACCAGCCAGCCACGGAUAAUUUGACUAAACAUUUUAAUGUGUCCUAGUUCAGAUCAAAAUUUUAAAGUCAACUAGUUGAGAUUAAAAUGCAUUUCGAAGUCAACUAGUUCACUUUAAAAUUUUAAUCUGAACUAGGAAAAAUUAAAAUUUUAAUCUGUCCUAGUUCGAUUUAAAACUGUACUGGAUUUUAAUCUAUCCUACGACAUAUAUAUAUAUUAUAAAAUAAUCAAUUAUAAUAAUUGUCUUGUUAGAUGUAAUGCUGUAUCCAUUGAAUCGCGAAGCAAAUAGUAAAACAGAAAAAGAACCAUCUAUAACAUGGGAAGUACGACAAGUUAUGAGUGCUGAAGAUAUUCCCGUUUCAGUUUAUUAUGCUGAAAUUAAUACACUGGAUCUUGGAAAUUUCGAUUGUGUAUAUAAACGUCUUUCAUUUAAUUCAACACUUUGUCAAUUGGAAUUUCGAAUAAAAAUUAAGGUAAAGAAUCCUGCAUUUGAAGAUACUAUUAUAUUAAAUUCACAACCAUUUGGUAUUUGUUCUCAUGGACAAUAUUUUCCAAAAUUUAUCGCACAAUUAUUUACUUACGAAAUGGAACGAAUUUUGAAUAAUGAUGAUCAGCUAAGAAAUCCUGAAAUUAUUGCUGAAUUCCUUUGUCGAUUUUAUAAACGUAUGGUUCGUGUUGAACCAAUGGAUUCUACGAAGCGAUUUUUUCGAAAAAUAUUUUCAAAAAUACUCGAAGAUUCAAAGAAGUCAUCGAAUGCCAAUCCUUUAGAUAAUUUAAAUGAAGAAAUGUUAACAAAAAUCAUAAGUCAAAUUCAUUUUAUAGUUUUAAAUCCAGUCUUAUCAUUGAUGUACAAUGAUGGUCUUUUUCUUGGUACAUGCAAUAGUACUGACGUGGAUAAAAUGUUAAAUGGUACUCAACAAGAACCCCAUUUGUUAUUGCGCUUUAACAAUGUAAUGAAUCAUCAUUGGAAUGCAAAUCCCACUGUUAAUUGUAUUAUUCAUGAUGGCUAUCUAAGAAAGGCAAGCUUUGAUAUGAAAACAUUUGCCAAUGAAUUGUGUAGGUUCAUAUGUGAAUCAGUAAACAAUACAACGAAAAAAGCAAUUGUCUUUUCUGCAGAAUCACCUCAUCAUUUCGCAGAUUUUCGUUUGUAUUUUCAUAAUGAAUUGAAUCGAUUGAAUAAAAUGUCCUCUUUAAGUAGUGAUAAAUAUGACCCAUUGCUACCCGUUCUUUGGAUGACAAUGCGACAAAAUGGUGAUAAGGAUGUUUCCAGGAUGGAGAUCACUUCUGAUAAUUCAACUCCGACAGUAAAAAGACAUCGUUCCGGUUCGUCGCCAUUCACAGAACCUGUUGCGUCAGUUUCCUCCGUGAAUACGAUAAGUAUUGUUGUAAAUUUGGAUAACAAAGAUGAAACUUCAUUCGAUUCCUCAAAUAAUUUAUCACCAAGUUCUCAUAAUUCCAUGUUACCUGAUUGUACUACUAGUAGCUCAUCGACGACCAUAACAGAUGAAGCUUGCCAAUCCAAUAGUCAUGAGACUACUGCAAAGACUCGACAGUUUAUAAUUGAAGUACCUGGAGAUAUAGAAAUAUCUCCGGCAGUAUUGUUUCGUCAUUUGGCAGAAAAAUUUUCCAAUUCAUCAAAUCAUAAAAAUGAUGUUACACUUUCCGACUAUCUUAUUCUAUCAAAACAAUCACAUCCAACAUUAUCACAUGUUAUUUCUAUAACAGAUUCUAGCAGCAACAAAUCUCAUUUUAUUCAUUCCAUCAAUAAUCUUCAUUCAUCUUCUGACCAGAUGCCUAAAAUCGAAUCGACUUCACUACUUGAUCUUAUUCCUGAUGAUCCGACAAGCCCGUUAGCUAUCAAAGAAGAACCGCGGGACGAUGACUGUAUUGUUUAA